GAGUCUGAUGAGAAAGAUGUAUCACAGGGUUGCUAUGGUAACCUGCCACUUAUUCAAUCACAGGAGAGGAUCGACAGAAAAAUACUGCCGUUGAAAGAGUUAACUGCUGAUUUGGCCGAUACUAAAGUGUGGGUUCGGGCACGUCUCCAGACAUCCAGAAGUAAAGGAAAACAGUGUUUCUUUGUGUUGCGACAACAGAAAUGGACAGUACAAGGUUUAAUCUAUGUCACAGAAAAUGUCAGCAAACAAAUGAUCAAGUUUGUAGCUGGAAUUAACAAAGAAUCUAUCAUAGAUGUUGAGGGGUAUGUGAAGACAGUGACACAGAAAGUAGAGUCGUGUACACAACAAGAUGUAGAGCUACAUGCUGAUCAGGUGUGGGUGGUUAGUGGAUCUGAGCCGAGAUUACCUUUGUUAGUAGAGGAUGCAUCUAGACCAGACUCUGAAGAUGGUUUAGCUAUUGUUCAUCAAGACACGCGACUAGACAAUCGUAUCAUAGAUCUGCGUACAACGACCAGUCAGGCUAUAUUUAGACUAGAGGCCGGAGUGUGUAAAAUAUUCAGGGAAACUUUAGAUAAAGAAGGUUUUGUGGAAUUACAUACACCUAAAAUUAUACCAGCUGCGUCAGAAGGUGGCGCUAAUGUAUUCAAAGUGUCGUAUUUUAAAGGAAGUGCUUUCCUUGCACAAUCUCCGCAGUUAUAUAAACAGAUGGCAAUAGCAGCUGACUUUGAAAAGGUUUAUACCAUAGGGGCAGUAUUCCGAGCAGAAGAUUCAAAUACACAUCGCCAUCUGACCGAGUUUGUUGGUGUAGAUUUAGAAAUGUGUUUCAACUAUCAUUAUCAUGAGGUUAUAGAUGCCCUCGAUCAUCUCUUUGUCUCCAUAUUUAAAGGUCUCAGGGACAGAUACGCAGAGGAAAUAGCAACAGUCAAUAAACAGUUUCCUGCAGAACCCUUCAAAUUUUUGGAACCUAGUUUGAGGUUAGAAUACAAGGAGGGUGUGGCUAUGUUACGUGAAGCUGGUGUUGAAAUGGAGGAGGAUGAAGAUUUGAGUACACCAAAUGAAAAACUACUUGGCAGGCUAGUUAAAGCUAAGUAUGACACUGACUUCUACAUCCUGGACAAGUUCCCGUUGGCUGUACGACCUUUCUAUACCAUGCCUGAUCCUAAUAACAAAAAAAAUGGGCAACUCGUCAUUUUUUCAUCCGGGAGGAGAUUUGUUUCUCAGAGAAUCCACGACCCCAAAUUUCUGGCAGAGCGUGCAAAGUUACAUGAAAUUGAUCUUGAAACUAUCAAAGGAUAUAUAGAUUCAUUCAGAUAUGGAGCACCUCCCCAUGCUGGUGGUGGUAUAGGAUUGGAAAGAGUGACCAUGUUAUAUCUAGGACUUGACAACAUUAGAAAGGCUUCGUUGUUCCCACGUGAUCCUAAACGUAUAACACCAUAGACAUUUUACCACCAGCUGGGCCCCAAUCAACAUCUGUCAUAUUUGCAAUAUGUCUUACAUGAUUUGUUUAUAGUGCUUAUGUCUGUUUAAAACAGCAUGUCACCAGAUUUAUGCUUAUUUUCAUGAAAAUUUUGAAAAUGUGUUUAAAAGUGUAAUAUUGUAAAAAAAACAAAAGGAAACGAUUUACAAAUUAUCAAUUGCAUUUACACUCCACUUAUUUACUGAAAAGAGGUAAAAAUAUUCAAAAAUAGCCCUUAUUGUGUUAGUAACACAUUAGAAAUACAACUGUAAGUACUGAAAAAUCGGUCAUAAAUCGCACAUAAUAUGUCAAUUAUUUCUUGAAUCUUGAAAUUAUUACUGUAAAUUUUUCUCAAGUUUGAUUUUAUUGAAACAUUUCGGCCCAGCUUUCAAUUACAAAAUAGAAAUAAAAGGUUAAAGGUUAUGACUAAAUUUGAAAGUGCUACAGGCUCCUUAUGUUUUAUUUAAAGUUUAAUAUUUUUAUGGUUGUUUUUGUUUUUUUGUUU